CAGCUAACUGCGUAAAGGACGUUGUAAUGUAAAGGACUCGUGGUAAUUAUUAUACCGUAGCCUGGUCUAUACAACACUGAUUAGCAACUGUAACCGUAAACGGGGAAACCACAUUGUUGUUGAUGCAAUGACGCGCGUAUGCAGCGCAAUCGCAAUUCCGCCAGGGGGACAAGGAGAAGACUUCUCGCUUUUACUAAGGCUUGAGACAGAUUAUGCAGCAGAGGGGGAUAGGAGGAUCGUGGGGAAGGCACAGAGUAGAUCUGUCCGAUGUGGAGCGCAAAUCUCGUAUCACGCACCAGGAUUAUUCGACGAGGGGAACUCGGGAAUGAAUCUCGUCGCAAGUUACCGAUAGACUCGAGCUUUUACGAGUGAAGAAAAGAAGGCAGGAAUUAGAUGAUUAGACGGAUAUCGCAAUGGACAGCGUCGAAGACGUUAUUAUCGGUUAUCGGAUCAGGACCAGCCGGAGAUCGGGGUUGCGAUAUCGCUAUAGGUAGAAGAUGGAGAAGAGAGAGAUAGAAUUAUGAUAUACUAGAUGAAUAGAAUAGAGACAGAGAAGAGUUAAGAACGAAACGGAGCAAAAGAGGUGAAAGAACAAGUGAGAUGUCGGAGAAGACGGAGGACAACAGUUGAUGCGACCUUUGAUCGGCACGAGACGAUGUGACGCUGGACGGGCGAAUGCAGAGAAAGACUAGGAUGGUAGUUAUAGU